GUUAAUUCUUUAGGAGGUAGAUGACAUUGUACACAUUCAGUGGGUAGGGUAGCCCUAAAUGGCUUCUUCACUAACUCCGAUCCCGCAUAGAAUCCUGAUGAGCAUGAGUAUCAUCCUCUAUCUUGAUAUCCCAGCCUUUUGUCUUCCCUUAUGCCUUCUCUCUUGUCACUGUCGGAUGGCCGCAGGGCUGCCACCGCGGCCUCGCGCCUUCCAUGGCUCCUUCCUACGCAUCAUGUAUUUAAGACCUCCAGCUGAGUCUCUGGUCGUCUUUGUCCUUAGAAUCAAUCAAUCAAUCAUUCAUUCAUUCAUCAUAUCAUAUUAGUCUUUCGACCGACAUGACAAAUGACUACCACAUUCCCCUUCCUUGCGUGCCCGGAGAACAGAUUCUCCCGUUCGAUAGCGAGAG